AUGAACAUGGAAAACCUGGAGGAAGAACUGAAUAGAAGGAUGAGAGCAGCAUGGGCAGCAUUCGCACCCGUCAGGGAAGCUACGGACCAACUGACUCGUGACCAAGAUCGUGCCCUUCUGUUUGACUCAACAGUUCUUCCAGCGCUCUGUUACGCAGCGGUGAUGUGGGCAGACACCGCUGCCGCCUCCAGGAGGCUACUUACUACCCACACAGCCCUUGAGAGAUGCCUUCUGAAGUUUAACCGGCGCACACAACACCUAGCCAGUCUUCGCAGCUCCGACUUAAGAGGAAUGUCCCGUCUUCGCGACCCAGCGGAAUAUUUAUCGAAGCAUAGAUGGGCCGGUCACAUCAUGAGAAGAAUCGACGAUAGAUGGACUGAAAGAACGCUAGAGUGGAUCCCAAGAGAUGCUAAACGCCCUCGAGGGAGACCGACGAGAUGGAGUGACGUGUUCGCUACACGGAUGGAACAGCUGAGAGCUCAAGUGGAUACGGCUCAAGGACCUCGUCAACGUCACUCAAGAAACAUGAAAACAUCUUAG